AUGUUUGAAAUGAAUUUGGAUGAUGAAAUGUUUCAAGAUGAAAGCUAUUCUGCUAAUACAUCAUUAUCAUUAUACUCAUCAAAUUAUCUUAUUAGACCUGAAUUUAGAGCUCCAAGAUCUCAGACUACAAUGGAGUCAAUAUUAGGUAAUUUAGAAGUUCCUGUUAGACAAUCAAUCUGGUCAAAAGAUUUCAAAACUGAAAAUAAAUCAUUAUGUGAUACCUAUCCUCCUGGCGGUAUCAAUUUAUUUCAACAAUGCCAUUUGGGGUCAAACAAUGUCCAUGGCAGUCAAGUGUCAGCUAAUGAUUCCCUGGUAGAUGAGUCGUUGAACGAUACCAUGUUUACUGAGAUUUCUAACAUUAAUUAUGAUAAUUUCAAUUAUGAUACUAAACAUACCAUUUCUGAAACUUAUGAUUAUCCUGAGAAUGGUUAUUUGAAUAGGAAUUAUCAAGACGAAGGACAUGAACCACUUCAUCAGGGUAAUUAUUCAUAUAAUUUCAAUUUAGACUCUGUUAUCAGAAAAGCACCACCUAUUCUUCAUUUGGACCACCCACCUGUCGUCAAACGUCCGGUAAUCAAAACUCCAAUACAAACCUUCAUGUAUCCAGUACCAUCGGUAGAAGUUCAACAGUUACCCAAAUUAGGUGAAAAGACCCAUCUUUUCAAAAAUUACCUUGGUAACUAUUUCGAUAUUUCAGUAAGAUCACUUUUCUUCGUUAUCAAAUCAUAUGAUUUAGUUGAUAUUAAUGCAUCGUUCAUCAAUAAUGUGUGGUCCUCUACUGAAUUGGGUAAUAAACGAUUAUCUAAAGCUUUCAAGUCAAAAAAUGAAGUUUAUCUUUUGUUUCUGGUUAAUGGUAGUGGUAAAUUUUGUGGAGUUGCUAAAAUGACCAGUGAUAUAGAUUUUGAUAAUCAUUGUGAUAUUUGGUCAGAAGAAUCAAAAUGGAAAGGUGCCUUCAAUGUUGAAUGGUUACUUAUUAAAGAUAUCCCCAAUAAAUAUUUCCAACAAUUCAAAAUUGCAAUUAACGAAAACAAGUCAGUAACCAAUUCAAGAGAUACUCAAGAAAUCCCUUAUGACAUUGGUAUCUCCAUGUUAAAGAUUUUUAGUACUUUUAAACAUGUAUCUUCGUUUUUAGCCUAA